CGAUAUGAUGCCAGCUCUUGCCUCUCUCGAUCGCCCCUCCUCGCCACCGCUCUGCAAGGAGGAAGAUGUGGCAUCGCCGGCUAUGGAGCUGGCGAUGAUGGCGCAGUGGCCGAGCUUGAGCACAGCGAGCGUCAAGGAUUUGGAUGGAAUUGCUGCUGUUGUUGGGCAAAGGGCGCUCUUUGGAGGAGCUUCUUCUUCUUCCUCUGUGAGUGCUUUGAAUGCUGGCAAUGGCGAUGGAUCAUCACAGGCAUUGAGCUGUGAUCGGAGAAUGCAGGUCCCGCCGCUGCUCGAGAUUGCGCCGCUCGCGAUCGCGUCGAGCUCUUCAUCGUCUCCUCCACCGGAGAAGAGCUCCAGCGCCCCCGCCGGCGCGAGCUCCUCCUCCAUUUCCAGCUCGCCCAGGGCGUUUCGUGGAGUGAGGAAGAGGCCGUGGGGGCGAUGGUCCGCGGAGAUCCGCGACCGAAUUGGGCGAUGCCGCCACUGGCUCGGGACGUUCGACACGCCCGAGGACGCCGCCCGCGCCUACGACGCCGCCGCUCGCAAGCUCCGCGGCGCCAAAGCUCGCACCAAUUUCUCCGUGCCGAGCUCCUCCAUCUUCCCACUCCCGCCACUUCCUCAUCGGCCUUCGACACCCUCGCCAUCAAUCUCAUCGCGGGGAGCAGCUCCAUCUUCCCCGGCAUUGUCAUGGCUCGAUCUCAAACUCGGGAGCUCCGGGGGAUCAUCCUCCCCGAAGCAAAGGCCGAGCGGUGGAUUACCUCCCACUCCAAGCAAGCUGGAGCUGGAUUGAAAAGAACAAAAGCAGGAUCCAUCUCUACACAAAAGCCUAGAGAGGUUUUUUUCUUUCAGGUCUCUCCAGGAAGUACCACUGAGCUAAAAGACAGGAGAGCUAGAUUCGAUCAAUUUUUACUGUCUGUGCACGAAUAUAUUUUACGAAUCUGGGCAGACGUCCUCUCCCUAUCAAUCCAGUUUCUUUUCUCUCC